CGCCCCGCCGCCCCCCCCCGCCGGUCCCGCCGCCGCCGCCAUUGGAGGCGCCGCCGCUUUGUGUCCGCCGGGCCCGGUUGACUCCUCACUGCACUGUGAAAACCAUUAGGAAAAAGUUCCUUGGGGUUAAAACCUGGGGCUCCACAGUGUUGGGGCUAGAAAUUAAUUUAAAUGGCGACUGAUCUGUCUGAAGCUGAACCCGUGCAUCAUAAGGCGCUUCCACUCUUAGCGGGAGCUCAGCUGAUCCACACGGACAAGUUAAGUGAGAAAGUCGAAGACGACACGAUGCCAAUCCGCCGCUCCGUGAAUUCCACCUCCCGGGAAACUCCUCCCAAGAGCAAACCUGCCGAGGGGGAAGAGGUCAAAGCAGAUGCAGAAGUCACCUCUGAGGAAUCUGCCUCUGCUGGAGAGGAACAGGAGCCUGAAACCCUGCCUGCUGCAUCCAAUGAAGCAGAACAGCCAAAGGAACCUGAGAAUGAAGGGAAGGGGGAAACAAAGUCCUCAGAAGAAACCAAAAAGGACGAGAAGGAGCAGGCCAAGGAGAAGGAGAAGAAGGUGAAGAAGACCAUCCCUGCGUGGGCCACGCUGUCUGCCAGCCAGCUGGCCCGGGCACAGAAGCAGACCCAGAUGGCAGCCACGUCCCGGCCCAAAAUGGACGCCAUUCUCACCGAGGCCAUCAGGGCCUGCUUUCAGAAGAGUGGGGCGUCGGUGGUUGCAAUAAGGAAAUACAUCAUCCACAAAUACCCUUCCCUGGAGCUGGAGAGGAGAGGGUAUCUCCUGAAGCAAGCACUGAAAAGGGAGCUGGAGAGGGGGAUCAUCAGGCAGGUGAAAGGAAAGGGAGCUUCUGGGAGCUUUAUGGUGGUGUCUAAUGCAGGAAAAACUGUUCCAAAAGCCAGAGACAGAAAGAAAAGCACCUCGGCCCCGCCUGCAGAGCAGCAGGUGAAGCUGGAGGACGUGCUGCCCCUGGCCUUCACCCGCCUGUGCGAGCCCAAGGAAGCUUCCUACAGCCUGAUCAAGAAAUACGUGUCUCAGUAUUACCCCAAACUCAAAGUAGACGUAAGGCCCCAGCUGUUGAAGAAUGCCCUGCAGAGAGCUGUAGAGAAGGGCCAGUUAGAGCAGAUCACGGGGAAGGGAGCGUCUGGGACAUUCCAGCUGAAGAAAUCAGGGGAGAAGCCCCUGCUGGGUGGGACUCUGAUGGAAGACGCCAUCCUGUCUGCUAUUGUGGCCAUGAACGAACCGAAGACCUGCUCCACCACAGCGCUGAAGAAGUAUAUCCUGGAAAAUUACCCAGGGACCAACUCCAACUUCCAGGUGCAUCUACUGAAGAGAACCCUGCAGAAAUGCGAGAAGAAUGGCUGGAUGGAGCAAAUUUCUGGCAAGGGCUUCAGUGGAACCUUUCAGCUUUGCUUCCCUUAUUAUCCCAGCCCAGAUGUGCUCUACCCAGAGAAGCAGCAGGAUGAGGACUCCGAGGAAUCUGAUGAGGAAGAAGAGGAGGAAUCUGAGGAGGAAGAAGAAUCUGAAGAGGAAGAGUCUGAGGAGGAAGAGCCCCCACCAAAGAAGAGGAUGCAGAAGAGACCACCUCCCAAAUCCCGGAGCAGGGCCCCUCCGAUGAAGCGACGAGAGUCCAAACCCAAGCCAAGGAAAACCCCUGCGGCCCGCCGGGGGAAAGCAAAGCCCCCUCCCAAGGUUAAGACCCCUGCUAAGAAAGCCAAACCAGCAGCCUCAGCCAUCAAGAAACCCUCUGGUGGCAGCUCUUCCAAGAAAUCAGCAGCCAGCGGGAGGAAGGAAGUGAAACCCUCGGCUAAGGGCAAAUCCACCAUGAGGAAAUCUCUCCGGGCAAAAAAGUAAAAUGUUUCCAGUGUCAGGGAACCCCAUGGUCAAAUCCACAAUCUUGUUUUAUAAGUCAACGUGCAUUUGUAUUUUAGUUCUGAUGCUUAAACACUUCUUUAAUUUUUUUUUUUAAUUUUUUUUUUUUUUCUUGAAUGAUGGGGGGAAAAAAGCUGAAAACUAAAUCAAACCGCCCGCAGCGUUCGGUAGCUCUCGAUGCUGUGCCUCGUGCCUGCCCCUCCCCUGGAACGAGUCAUCUUUAGUUUCUGCAAUAAUUUUAGGACUUUUCUAGGGCGUCUCUAAUCUGUACAUUUACGGUGUUCCGUGUGGGUUCCGGGGGGAGGGUUGGCUUUUUGAAACAAUUCUUCAAAGAAGAUCUUUAUAUCUUUAGACAGCAGGAACAGGAUGACUGGGGGAAUGUGAUUCUCUAACGAGAAGGUGCCGCAGCAGAAGAUUCCUCCCCACAUCCCUGCGUGCCGAGGGCCUUGGCGCUCCCGUGGGGGAGCCGUGUACAUACAGCACUUGCACUGAGCCCCGAGGUGCUGCUUUCCUCAGAGCCACGGGCUGAGGGGGGGCACAUCCAGCUCCUCCAGGGCUGUGUGACGAGGGUGAGUCGCAUCUUCGGCCUCUCCUGAGGGUCUGGUGCCAGAGGGGCUCCCAAAGGGGCAGUUCUCGAUCAGGCGGGGGAUUUGAAUUAGUGUUUCCAUGCCACAUCUGUUACCUUAAAACCAAAAUAUAUCAAAGUCUUCUUGAGUCCAACUUUCAGAUGUUUUUAAGAGAUGAAAAAAAAAAAAAAAAGCCUGAGUUUGUCCCCUCUUGUUUACCCUUUUUUAAAGAGAAGUUGGAGAGCUAUACAAUUGCUAAUGUAGAGAUGUUGAUAAGUGAAGAACAUGCGGUUUGCUAAAAUAAAAUGAAACUAGAUUCCA